UCAAAUACAGACGAUGUAGACAUCGGUCGAUACGGCCCAUUAUCCCAUAUCAACACCGCCGAAAGUUGCCUUCCAGCCUUUGGCGGCGAAUUUCAACCAGGUCUAUACAAGAAUCCCAAGAACCGCAAAGUCGCGAAUCCCGCCCCGUUGGGACUCUGCGGCUUUGCCUUGACGACCUUUGUUCUGGGUUGUGUACAGAUGGAUGUGCGUGGUGUGAACAAGCCUAACAUGAUUGUUGGCCCUGCCUUGGCUUAUGGUGGACUGGUUCAACUUCUAGCUGGGAUGUGGGAAAUGGCUAUUGGGAAUACAUUUGGUGCAACGGUGCUCUCCUCGUAUGGCGGAUUCUGGAUCUCUCUUGCGAUUACUUUCAUCCCGGGCGGAUUCAAUAUUGAAGGGGCUCUUAUUGAAGCCGACAAUGGUUCGCCGAUUAUGUUUUAUAAUGCAUUUGCGAUAUAUCUCAUGGGCUGGUUCAUCUUCACCUUCCUAAUUAUGCUAUGCACAGUCAAAUCGACCGUGGCAUUCUUCUCUCUUUUCUUCUUUGUCGAUCUUGCUAUCCUUCUCAUUGCUCUGGGAUAUUUCCUGCCGACCGCGGAAGGACUACCCAACCCAAAGCUUCUUGAAGCUGGAGGGUUGUUUGCCCUUCUCGGAGCUUUCCUGGCUUGGUAUAAUGCCUUUGCUGGAAUCGCAGAUAACAGCAAUAGCUUCUUCCUUGUCCCUGUUGUCCACUUCCCGUGGUCGGAAAAGAAGCGGAAUGAGAGACGGGCUAGUAAGCAGGACAGCAGCAAUGCUUAA